ACCUUAGCUAGUUUCGUUUAGCUUAAAUUGCUACUGCUAAAGAUGGAAACCAUGAUUAACGACGCUCUUAACCGUUUCGCAACUGGCAACGCAUCAGAUGAAGAAGAAGAAGAGAAUAGACUCAGGACGUGUAAGGACAAUGACGGCGUGGAGAAACACAAGCGAAAGAAACACAAACAUCACAGCAAGCACAGAAAACACAAAUAUUCAUCGUUGGAGGAAAAAGAGCACCGACACAAGCACAGACACAAGCAUAAAAAGCGCAGACACAGAGAUUCCUCUAGGAUGGAUGACGGCGAGGUCGAGGACACUGAUGAAACAGUGCCGCUAAAGAGGUCUAGGUUGGAUGACCUGGCAGCCCUGGAGGAUUUAGAAAAGCAAAGGGCCCUGAUCCAAGCAGAGCUUGAUAAUGAGCUGAUGGAGGGAAGGGUGCACUCAGGAAUGGGCCUGAUACUGCAGGGAUAUAACUCGGGCUCAGACGAGGACAUGGAAGUACAGGAACAGUUGUGUAAUGGGGAUGAGCAGAGGGAGAAUCUAGAACAGGUUUAUAUAGCUGGGGAGCAAGAAAACCAGCCGGUGACUAAAGAUGCAGAACAAAGUCAGCACGGUUCCGUGGACGACGAAAGAACGGGUCCUUGGCAGCGUAGCAGAAGCGAGUCUGAAGAAAAGUCAAUCAUCAACCAACAUAAAUCACGUAGAAGAAAGAGUAGAACUGAAUCCGAUUCAGAUAAUAAGGACCGAACUCAGGGUUCGUGCCAAUCAUUAGAGAAGAGACCAUCCCAGAAUGUUCAGCAGCCCAAAGAUGGACGUCCAAGGUCCAGAUCUCCUGCAGUAUCCAGGAAGCAGAAUAAUACGCAUUCGGUCUCCGCAGCGACAGAACAGGGAAGUAAGAGAGACCCUUCGUCUUCAUUUAGACAGCCUGGGACCAGAAGUAGUGACCAUCCCAGAUCACCAGAGAAGGCAAGACGCUCUAGAUCAAAAGACAGACAUGGCAGAUUACCUGAGCCUGACCGCAAAAGGGACAGGGAAAAGGCAUCAGUCAAGUCUCCUUCUAAGGAAGUCUCAUCAGGCAAGGAGAACAGAUCUCCCCACAGAAGGCACAUCCGCAGUCCGAUAUGGGAUAGAUCAUCUCGCAGGAGCAGGGACCGCCAUUCUCCUCAACAGUCUUCCAACUGCCGCGCCGCCACCCGCAACAGAUCUCCAGCCAGGAGGGAACGCUCUCGCUCCACUGAUAGAAGACGGAGAGAAUCCGACCGCCAGAGAUCCUCACCUAUCAGGAUGCGGUCCCGCGAUGAUGCAGCCAGUUGCAGUAGACGGAGUCCUCCUCUCAGCUCCAGAAGGAGACCGAGCCGUUCCCCCAGGAGACGCACCAGCAGAUCUCCCCUUCCCAGAAGAAGGUCUGUGGAGCGGGGCAGGCUGGGCUACAAGCAGCAGGCACGCUCAGGCUCUCAGGACCGGAGGAGGAGAAGCAGCAGAGAGAAGGAUGAUAAGUUUAAGGGCAGUCUGUCUGAAGGCAUGAAAGCUGAGCAGGAUGAAUCGGACGAAGCUUUGGAGGAUUAUGAUGUGGAUGAAGAGGACGAGGAAGCGCUGAUCGAGCAGAGGAGACUCCAGCGCUUGGCGAUUGUGCAGAAAUAUAAGGAAUCAAAUGAGGACAACAAUAAGUCGGAGCCUGGCAGUCCUCAGAGUAGCUCCCACAGCCGCUCGCCGUCUCCGGAUGAUGUUCUAGAGCGAGUUGCAGCUGAUGUAAAGGCUUAUGAACAAGAGAACCUGGACACCUUCGAGGCCAACAUUAAGGCAAAACACAAUCUGCUCACCCAGGAAAAAGAUGGAGGCAAUCCAAAGAAGCAGUCAGCUCCUGACAUGUUUACAGAGUCAGAUGACAUGUUUGCUGCGUACUUUGACAGCGCAAGGCUGCGUGCCGCAGGCAUUGGGAAGGACUUUAAGGAGAACCCCAGUCUCAGGGACAACUGGACAGAUGCUGAGGGCUAUUAUCGGGUGAAUAUCGGAGAGAUGUUGGACAAGCGAUAUGAUGUCUAUGGCUACACCGGGCAGGGUGUGUUCAGUAAUGUUAUCCGUGCAAGGGAUCUGGCCCGAGCCGGUCAAGAAGUUGCUGUGAAAAUCAUACGCAACAAUGAGCUCAUGCAGAAGACAGGCCUGAAAGAGCUGGAGUUCCUGAAGAAGCUGAAUGAUGCAGACCCUGAUGAUAAAUUCCACUGUGUGCGUCUGUUCAGGCACUUUUACCAUAAGCAGCACCUGUGUUUGGUGUUUGAGCCACUCAGUAUGAACCUGCGGGAGGUCCUGAAGAAGUAUGGCAAAGAUGUGGGGCUCCACAUCAAGGCAGUGCGCUCCUACAGCCAGCAGCUCUUCCUGGCCCUCAAACUCCUCAAGCGCUGCAACAUCCUUCAUGCUGACAUCAAACCUGACAACAUCCUGGUGAAUGAGUCGAAGACCAUACUGAAGCUCUGCGACUUUGGCUCCGCAUCCCACAUUGCUGAGAAUGACAUCACGCCCUACUUGGUCAGCCGGUUCUACAGAGCACCUGAGAUCGUCAUUGGAAAGCCAUAUGAUUAUGGAAUUGACAUGUGGUCUGUGGGUUGCACGCUGUACGAGCUGUACACAGGGAAAAUCCUCUUCCCUGGGAAGACCAACAACCACAUGCUGAAACUUGCUAUGGACCUUAAAGGGAAAAUGCCCAACAAGAUGAUCAGGAAAGGCUUGUUCAAGGACCAACACUUUGAUCAAAACUUGAACUUCUUGUAUAUAGAGGUAGAUAAAGUUACCGAACGGGAGAAAGUGACCGUAAUGAGCAGCAUCAACCCCACUAAGGACCUGCUGAACGACAUGGUCGGUCGUCAGAGACUGCCAGAGGACCAGCGGAAGAAGGUGGUUCAACUCAAAGACCUGCUGGAUCAGAUUCUGGUGCUCGACCCAGCCAAGCGGAUCAGCAUCAACCAGGCUCUGCAGCAUCCCUACAUCCAGGAGAGGAUAUGACUGUCAUGCCCACACUUCUGAGGAUACACAGCACCAAGUCCUUGAAAAGUCUGCCAACAAAAAGUGACGGUUUUGUAUCUACAGGCAUGACUGAAUAUAUGAAGAGACAUUUUAAUGUCUAAAGUUAAAAUGGCUUUUUUUUUUUCCCCUUUCUUGAACACAUUAUCUUGCUUCUAGUUUUAAAUUUACAAUGCCCUGAUAAAGAUGUCACCCCCCUGAACAUUAGGUUAAAACUUUUUUUUUUUUUUUUUAAUGUUGAUGCUAUCAUUGAUUUGAUAUAAUCUGAAAGCAGCAAACAUUAUCUGUAUGUGUACUGGUGUUCCAAUAGUCUGAGCCUCCCCAACACUGUUCGUUAUGAUGUGAGUUCAGGAUAAAUGCCGUCUAUAUCCGCAUCUCCCUCAGGUGCUAGAGCGACAGCGCCCACUGGUGCACGGGCCUGUAGGUGUUCGUCUGCUGAAAUCGGAGCUCUUGAGCCCUACCUGAGCCUGUCUGCAGGGAAGGCCGCCUCCUGUAAAGGCAGGUUGUGUUCCUCUAACAGUACACUGAAGGUAAGCUCGGCCGGCCAAAAUCGCCAGUAUAUGGUGCCUCUAAUUGUUCAUUUAAAAAAAAAAAAAAUGGUAUGCUCAUUUUCUGGCAUCUUUUGCAUGUAGAGACGAAGAAUGGUCUAAACCCGUCGUCCUUCCACAGAGCCAAAGUUAAUUCCUAAAAAGCAAAGUUCUUGCAUAAACAAGUCUGGAAAGGAAUUCCAAGGCAGGCACUUAUGCUGUUAAGGGUAAGGGAAAAAGGGGAAGUCUGCUAUUUGAAUUGAACAGGCACCUUCAGUGUACUGCCUCUGACAGUAAUGUGUUCUUCAAAAACAAUGUUUGACACUCAAUGGAUAUGCAUUUGUUCUACCUAAUGUUCUCGCAAGGGGUGCAUGUGAUCUAAAAUGCUGUGCACUUGUAUGAGCUUUUUGUUGUGUACGUCUUCUGCCUGUGCUCCUUUGUUCUGACGUGAUCGUGUUGUCUUUUGAUACAGGGAUAUUCCUCAUCUGCUCUAUGAAUCUGCUUGUUUUGAGCGGUAAUUGAUUCUUUACUUCAUAUUGCUUUGUUGUUCUAAUUAAGACACAGGACUAGCUCAUUCAGCUUGUAUAUUAUCCAUACCUCGUCCUGCAUGUUACAAAAUAGUUUGCAUAAUUGUAAAGUUAUAAUUGUUAUAAAACAGUCUAAAAUAAAUGUUUGUGGAGAAAAAGUUUAAAAAAAAAAAAAAAUGGUCCUAGACCUCCUGGUCUGUCUUGUGUGCAUCCAUUGUCAGGUAAUUAUGGUUUAAGAUACCAUACACUUAAAUUUCUUAAGUUUCACUGCCACUAACUGCUGUUUAUGAUGUUUCUCCCACUGUUCCCUUGUGGUUGCUGAGAGAGAGAGAUUAUAUUCUCCAGCCAAAGGAGGCUCUUCUCUGUGCACCAUCCUCCAGCCUGCCUCUGCUCUCAAAGAGACAAGACCUCCACAAGACCCCUUAUCCAGGUCACUCUUAAAGGCAUGUGUAGCUCCAACAUGGCAUAGACAGAAAUGGAGGGUGUUGAAAUUUCUGAUUUGCUCUCGAGUUCACACUUUCUCAGACCCAUUUAUAGCCCCUUUCACACUACACAGGCUUAUUUCUUUCUUGACGUAAUGUGAACGCAUAGCAACUUGAGUGAUGUAAUGUGAAACUAGUAAGUACACAUGUUUUGCUAUUCAUCUAGUCCUGCUAAUGUUCAGAGUAAACACAGCCUCUAGUUUUGGGCAAAGCAAUCCUAAUUUAAUCUUUUAAUAUAAAUUAUAAUGUCUGGAUUGCGAAUGAGGGCCAGCAGAAGGGCAAUGUGUUCAACUGUAAUAGGUAUUAAUGGUAACUAUUCAAGGGAGCUGCUGAUUGUGCAACACCUCUCAGAUUUUCCCUAAUGCUCUGCCAGAUGUUCAUAAAGUCAACGUAAUGAUUCAAGCAAUACCAUUAUUUGAAUCUAUACCCUUUUCAUGUACAGUGGUGCUUGAACGUUUGUGAACCCUUUAGAAUUUCCCAUAUUUCUGCAUAAAUAU